AUGACAGGCUGUGGUAAAGGUGGUAAAGGACUUGCAAUACGUCGCCUCGCACGUCGUGGAGGAGUUAAACGUAUUUCGGGACUUAUCUAUGAAGAAACUCGUGAUGCGGUUACCUAUACCGAACAUGCUAAACGCAAGACUGUAACAUCUCUUGAUGUUGUUUAUGCACUUAAACGUCAAGGUCGCACCCUCUAUGGUUUUGGUGGUUAA